GGGGAGGAGGCUCCGCUCACUCGUCCGUUCACUCUGAUUUGGGAGAGAAAUUGCUAGCUGAAGCGCCAACACGGAUUUUCUUUGGGAUAAACGCACAGGCCUCGCCGCUAAAACGAUGCCUCAUUCUAGGCGGUACGCCUCCUCGGAGCAGGUGAGCCGCGGCAGCUAUCAAGACAGGUAUCGUGAUCGAGACAGAGAGCGAGGGAGGAAGCAGCGACAUCGCCGUUCACCCUCCUUCUCCUCCAGCAGCGACCGAGAAAGGAGGGGACGAGGACACAGGCAGGAGGGUGGCUAUGCACGUUCCAGGAGUUUGCUUCUUUUUUCCAGCUAUGACAACCGUUCCGCAGACCGACGGCCGUAUGACAGACGCUAUGGUGACAGCUACCGGCGACAGGACCACAGCAGAGAUCGCGACCGGGAACGUGGCCGUGGGACACUGGACAACUACUACUCCCGCGAUGCGUCACCCAGCUACGACUACCGCCGUGUCCACGAACGGGAGCGCGAGGACUCGUACCGGCAGAAAGGCAGCAGGCGUAAGCACAAACGAAGGCGGCGUAGAACCAGGUCCUAUAGCCCAUCCUCCUCGCGGAGUGACAGCGGGACGCGGGCGCUGUGUGUGAGGGACGACGAGGAGGGUCAUCUGAUCUGUCGGAGUGGCGACGUCCUGCAAGAGAGAUAUGAAAUUUUUGGCACAUUGGGGGAGGGCACCUUUGGGAGGGUGAUGGAAUGCAUUGACCAUCGCAGAGGUGGAGCCCAUGUUGCUUUGAAAAUCAUUAAGAAUGUUGAGAAGUACAAGGAGGCAGCACGACUAGAAAUCAACGUACUGGAGAAGAUCAACGAGAGAGACCCUGAAAAUAAAAAUCUUUGUGUACAGAUGUUUGACUGGUUUGACUACCAUGGCCACAUGUGUCUUAGCUUUGAGCUCUUGGCUCUCAGCACUUUUGACUUCCUGAAGGAGAACAAUUACCUGCCCUACUCAAUCAGCCAGGUCCGACACAUGGCCUACCAGAUCUGCCUCGCUGUCAGAUUUCUGCAUGAUAACAAGCUGACCCACACAGAUCUGAAACCUGAAAACAUCCUCUUUGUCAACUCUGACUUCACAAUUACAUACAAUGUAGAGAAGAAAAGAGACGAGCGAACGGUGAAGAGUACAGCAGUGAGGGUAGUAGAUUUUGGCAGUGCCACAUUUGACCACGAGCACCACAGCACAAUCGUCUCCACCAGGCAUUAUCGUGCCCCUGAGGUCAUUCUAGAGUUGGGUUGGAGCCAGCCUUGUGAUGUGUGGAGUAUUGGCUGCAUUCUUUUUGAAUACUACCUUGGCUUCACACUUUUUCAGACUCAUGAUAAUAGGGAGCACUUAGCCAUGAUGGAGAGAAUACUGGGCCCUGUCCCGUCCAGGAUGAUAAGAAAAACCCGAAAACAGAAGUACUUUUAUCGUGGUCGUCUGGACUGGGAUGAAAGCUCCUCAGCAGGAAGAUAUGUUAGAGAGAACUGCAAACCCUUGCGGCGAUAUAUCCUUUCUGAGGCUGAGGAGCAUCACCAGCUGUUUGACCUGAUUGAGGCCAUGCUGGAGUAUGAGCCAUCUAAGCGCAUCACUCUGACCGAGUCUCUCAGACACCCCUUCUUCCAGAUCCCCAUUGCAUCAAGCGACCAGACACCAGGCAAGAGCUGGGAGGGCAACCGUGACAUUAGCCGGUGACACUUGCCUCCACCAGUUUUUGUUUUGCGCCAAACCAUUCAGCUUUCUCAGAAAACGGGUGCUGAGAUUUAAGUUGGAACUGAGCUGAUACGCCAAAAAAAGGAAGCUGAGUGUCACCUGGGGAAAGCUACACUCUUUUUAUUUUUUUAUUUUGAAGCAAACUCAUUGACCAAGUAGUUUCACAGUGAGCUAAAAUAUAGGCCACUAUUGUUUCUACUUUUACAUGAAAUGAUUCGAAGUGGUACAAUAAGGAUGUAUUUUGUCUUAAGGUGGUCCUUGUUGGUUAUAUUGCAGAUUGGGCACAGUACUAGUUUAUUUAUUUAUAUAUACUUUCCCAGUAAUAAUAGCUCAGUCUCUUUGCUCUUGGGCAGGUUGAAAACUAUAAAAUCCCAUUUUUACUGAAUUUUAGGGCCAUGAAGGAAAAUGUCUUCAAACUUAUCCGAACUGUAGUCUUCCACACACCGAGGACAAGACGGAAGGAACUGAUUAAGUAAGUUAUGAACAUGCAAAGUAGGUGGAGAAAUGUUGAAAAGCCGAUCUGCUGUUCAAAAUAUGACCAGCUAUAAUUUCCUAAUGGACGGAAGGCAAAAUGGAGAGGAGAAUGUUCUAGAGCAUAUCUUUUGUAGCAAAACAAAAACAAAGGAGGUGCUGUUUUUUUUGUUUUUUUUUUUUGUUUGUUUGUUUUUGUUUUGUUUUUUUGUUGUUGUUUUUUUAUAUUUAUUUAAAAAAUAGGUUUCAAAGACAUGAAUGUAAACUAGAACCGAGGCACAAACUUAAAUGCCUUGGUUCCUGUUUCUAUCCUGUUUGGACAAGGUGGACAAGAUGGGUCAGGGCUGCUCCUUCAUCCGAAUAAGCUCAGUUCUUCCAGUUGUCAUCCAGUCGCUGAGGCCGAAUAAUGUUAACAGGCAACAGCUGAAGUGCAGUUUUGCCUCAGAAGCACUCCUCUUAGUACAAAAUGUAUUGUUUGAGUCAGUCUCAACAAAACAGGGCUGCUCUUUUACUGUGUAGUUUCAUUUUUGAAAGACUUUAUGAAAUGUCAUGUUUUAGCGUGGCUGAAAAGCACACACACAAAGACAUAGACAUACUUGUUUUCUAUUAUGUUAAAGGUUUUUCUCCAUGUAACUAAGCACAGAACAUUUGUGCCCAUGUUUCUCGCCAGCGCAGGUUUCCAGUAUUUAUUUUCACGUCUGAAUUGACGUUAUUUCUGUUGGUGUUUUUGUAUGAAGCUAACUGUGUUGAACUGUGUAUAUAUAAAUAUAUGUAUCUAUGACUGUAUAGAAUAAAGGCUCUGUCCGUUUGCCUGGUGUUUCUUGAAGUCAUGGCAGCUCCGCAGGCAGGAAACGGCA